AUGGAACAUUCACGUGAUAGGGCUGCUGGCGGAUCUAUAAAUAGUCCUCCAUGGUUCGAGGGUGGAUGUGAAAAAUAUACUCAGUGGAAAAUCUACAUGAAAUCAUAUCUCUAUGCUCAAGAUGAACAUGUGUGGAAUAUUGUAGAAAAUGGUUGGACUAUACCUAUGGUAAAAGAAAAAGGAGAAAGCUCUUCCACUGCCACUCCCAAACCAAGGAAGGAUUGGACUGAGGAAGAAGUUCGUGAUUUGCAAGCAGAUUUCAAGGCUAAGAACAGUAUUUUCACAGCCCUAUCUGAACGAGAAAAAUUGAGAAUCAGUCACUGUGACACUACCAAGCAAGCAUGGGAUCUUCUACAGACUACGUAUGAAGGAAAUAAGAAGGUACGUGCACAGAAACUGCAAGCACUGAUAUUUGAAUUUGAAACCAUGACUAUGGGAGAUGAUGAAACCGUGGAUGAUUUUCAUGGUAGAAUUCUUAAAAUCUCCGGUCAGUGUCGUAGUCUGGGAGCACCUUUUGAUGAAGAUAAGAUAGUUAAAAAGAUACUCAGGGCCCUGCCAGAAAAAUUUCAUUCAAAAGUCACUAGCAUAGAGGACUCUUUUGACAUUGACGAGUAUCCACUUGAUGAGCUCAUUGGAAAUCUUAAAACCUAUGAGAUGAGGUUAAAACCUGAGAAGAAAAACAAUGGUGUAGCUUUCAAGGCAGUGAAAGGAACAGAAGAGGAAGAGGAAACACAAGAUCUUGCUCUACUGACAAAGGAAUUCAAAAGAUUUCUCAAAAGCAAGAACUCUUCUAGAAAUUCGAAUGCUCCUAGAAAGAAUACUUAUACCGGCAGUGGUAACAACACUGACUACACCAACAAGAGUGGAAAAGGAAACUUCAAAGGAAAUCACUCAGGAAAACCUAAGUGCUAUGAAUGUGGUGGCUACGGUCACAUCUCUACCGAAUGUGGAAAUAGGAAGCAUGAAAAUAGCAACAACAAGUCUCUACUUUCAACUUGGAGUGAUGAUGAGUCUCAAGAAAUUGAAAACGUGGCUCUUGUAUCAUCACUUCUACCUGAUUCAGAUAGUGACGAGUUUUUCUCUGAUGAUGAAACAAAUAUCCGCUGCAGACAACUCUACAAAGCUUCAAAGGCAACCCUGCUAAAAAACUUGAGUUUGGAAAAAGAAGUUGAUUUUCUGAGAACCGAGAAAGAAAAAAUGGAGCAAUUAUUGGAAUCAACAGAUUUACAAGGUGAAGCAGCAAAUUUACAAGGUGACCAAGGAAUAGUGACUUGGAAGACUGAAAGGAAUGAGUAUCUCAACAAGAUAAAAUUGCUGGAACUGGAUGUUAAAGGACAACAAGCAUUGAACUUGGAACUGUUGGCUAAAAACGAGGCAUUGCAAGAGGAGUUAAAAUCGACUCAAGAAAGGUUCACCAAGUUCGAUGUCAGCUCUAUUGCCAUGUCCAAAUUACUCGGAUCAGGAAAAGCUCCUCAUGACACUUGUGGGUUACGAUACACUGGAGAGAAUUCCAAAUGUACCAAGUUCGUAAGAGCAUCAAGACCACCUGUAGAAAAGAAAGAAGUCUCCAUUGAUGAUUCUAUCAAAAAUGUGAAGGAAGGUCAACCAAAUCAAAACUUCCAGGUAAAACUUGACCAAGAGUCUCACACUGGUCAGAACAGAUUAACAGAAAUUGUUUCAAAGAAAAACCUUCCAACUGAAAAAAGAAAAGUUGUCUGGACCAAGAAAAAUGAAAGUAAAUGUCUUCAGUCUUAUAUUGAUAAAACUGAUCAUACAUGUCUCUUUGCUUGUGCAAGCAAAACUCAACAAGGUUCUCACAUUGAGGCAUCUUGUUUAGUAGCCUUGACUGCAUUAGCUGACAAGAAACGAGAUUUCUGGUAUGUCGACAGUGGCUGCUCUAGACACAUGACUGGAGACAAAACCUGGUUUGGUUCUUUUGAAGAUGAGAACACAACUGGAUCAGUCACGUUUGGAGAUGGAAGGAAAGCAAAUAUUCUAGCUCGAGGUACAGUGAACACCCCAGGUAUACCUAAUCUCAAAAAUGUGCUAUUCGUUGAAGGCUUAACUGCAAAUCUGAUUAGCGUAAGCCAUUUGGCUGAUGACUAUGAAGAUGUAUGGUUUAACAAACAGAGAUGUUUAGUCUUAAAUCAGAAAGGAGAAGGUAUCAUGGGAGGUAAGAGAUCUUUUGAUAACUGUUAUCAUAUUCAAGCUAAUGAAUCUUCCAGCUUGCAGCCCUGUUUGUCUGUAAAAACUACAUAG